AAACUAUUCAAAGUUCCAAACCAGCUCCUCUGUCUCUCUCCAUAUAUGUACAUGUGUUGCCAUACACAGUGAUUCAACCCCAAAAACUCACACAAAAAGAUAUGGAAACUUUUCAUUCUCUCUCCAAAGGAAUAGCAUGUCUCUCUCUCCUCCUCCUUCUUGUCUCUGCUGCUAACGCUGCCUUCAUCGUACCCACAAUUCCAUUCAACAAAGGCUUCAAUCCUCUCUUCGGCGACAGCAACAUCGUCCGAUCAUCCGAUGACAAAACCGUCGAUCUUGUCCUCAACCAAUACACAGGUUCUGGGUUCAGGUCUUCGGAGCUCUACAACCAUGGCUUGUUCAGUGCUAAAAUAAAGUUGCCAUCUGAAUACACUGCUGGCAUAGUUGUGGCCUUCUAUACAUCGAAUGGAGAUAUAUUUGAGAAAACACACGACGAAUUGGACUUUGAAUUUCUGGGAAAUAUUAGAGGAAAGAGGUGGAGAUUUCAGACAAACGUGUAUGGAAAUGGAAGCACAAGUAGAGGAAGAGAAGAGAGAUACACACUGUGGUUUGACCCCUCCAGAGAGUUCCAUCGUUAUAGCAUACUGUGGACCAACAAUAACAUCAUUUUUUCCAUAGAUGAUAUUCCGAUUCGUGAGAUAGCACGAAGCGAUGCCAUGGGUGGAGACUUCCCUUCAAAACCAAUGUCAUUGUACGCCACCAUAUGGGAUGCGUCAAAUUGGGCUACCUCCGGUGGCAAAUACAAGGUCAACUACAAGUACGCUCCCUUCGUGGCCAAAUUCACCGAUUUGUCCCUCCAUGGAUGUGCUGUUGAUCCCAUUCAGGAGGUCUUAUCCACUAGUUGCUCUGAAAAAAAUGAUCAAUUGGAAAGCACCAACUAUGCUCGUGUCACGCCAAAGCAACGUGUGGCGAUGAAGAGGUUUAGGCAAAAAUACAUGUACUAUUCAUAUUGUUAUGACACGGUAAGGUAUCCAAUUCCUCCACCAGAAUGUGUGAUUGAUCCAUUGAUGAGGCAACAGUUCAAGGAUACCGGGAGGAUGAAGUUUGAGGAGAGGCGGCACCACCAUUCUAAGAAAAGGAACCAGGUUUCAAGCAUCAAGAACUAUGGAGACCAGCAUGAAGAUUGAUGUGUGUGAACUGGUAUACAAUUGGAUUGUAUAGUAAUUUAUAUGAUUUUUGGAAUUUGGAUUGUUGCUACAGGUUUAUUUUUUCAUGUGAUUCUAUAGUUGCUUGUGUGUGUGAAUAAGAUUGGAUUUUUCAAAUGUUACGAGUACCCAUCAUGUAUAUGGUCAAUAAAAUACAAUAUGCUUUUAAAUAUGA